GAACAACAAAAUGGGGAAAAAGUUUAAAACUACUUUUAGAUGAAAUAAAACCAAACAAUGCAAAUAAACACUUAAUAGAUAUGGGUCUUGCAAAAAUGAUGAAAUCCUCCUUGGGUGAAUCACUUGAAGAUUCUAUAGACAACAUUAUUUAUUAUAUGUGGUACACAAAUCAUUG